AAAAAAAAAAAAAAAAAGCAACCUCAGCGCUACAAAGUGACGACUACUCGAAGGAGGAGUGAACUUAGAAAUGACGAGCGCUGGGCGUGUGAGCGCGUCUUACGGGGAGUCUGGCCAGCACUAAACCCCCCCUGUGAGUGUUUCAACUCUGGAUUCGGACCAAUGAGACGUGCCAGCUUCGCGGGAACGCAUGAAAUGCCAACAUGUGAAGCCGGCCUGCAGCUGUGUUGGGUAGAGGAGCCACACUGGCGCUUCGCCGAUGACGGACUUCAUGACGGCGCUCCUGGUGCUUCUGUCUUAUCUGACCUGCGCCAGAGAGCAGCGCGCGAGAGAUGCCCAGUUCCAGCCAACCUGUAACCUGUAUCGAGACAGUCCCAAAGCUCAGGUGUAUCUUUGUUUCUUAAUUCUGAGCUUCUUGAGUAUAUGCACACGUGCAGAUGGGAGUGAUGUCAGAGAUCUUAAGACUUGUUUGGAGCAGCUGAAACGCAUCAUUGAGAAAUCGGAUGCUAUGUUGUACGCACCAUCAGUUAAUGAGAUUGAAGAUAAAUGUUCUGACAUGGCACUUAAAUGUUACCUGCUGGAGUUAAUGGUGGUCAUUGAUGAGGAAGAGAUUACAGAUCCUAGGAAAGACUGCAUCUAUGCACAUCACAGAACACUGCUACCUUUGGUUGACUGUCCAUCAUGUGAAACAUAUUCUCUUGGAAACAUUACAAUAUUCAUGGACAGACUGAUACGACUUUUGGAAAAAAUGAAUGAAGAAACAUUACUAAAAAACAUAAUCAGUCAUAAUUAGGAAAUAUUGUAAGGAGUUAUUGUGUAUAUAUAAAUAUUUGUAUAGAAUUCUUCUUUUGUUUUGUAUCCCAUGACAACCAUGACAGCCUAUAACAAAUACCAUUUUCCUUAAAUGAUAAAUGAAGUGUUCACUGCCUCAGUAAACUUCAGACAGACUGCAUGUAUUUUUUGUCCAGUAAGAACUGUUGUACUCUUUGUAUAUAUUGUAUAAUGUUAAGCUUAUUGCUAAAGACUGCUGACUGUGAUACUUCUUGUACAUUGUAUUCUUAAAUAACCCUAGUAUCAUUAGUAUUAGGACCAUUUAUUCACUCUAGUAAAUAAUAUCUCUUAUCUGUAGAUUGAUUUCUUUGUGUUGUCUGAGCUACUGUCAGUGGGUACCGGAGUCAUAUUGAUAGUGUGAAAUAAAACCUGAGGGUAUUCCACUUGUCAAAAUUGGGCACCAAGUAAACAGACUAGUCAUUAAUAAUCCAGGGUCAAAAUUUAGGCACAAGUUCACAAGGUUAUACAUUCUGAAAAAGCGGAAAAAAACCAUUUAAAAUGUUGAUAAUCACAAUUUCAUGUUGUGUGAU